UGUUCGCUCGCAGCCGGAGACGUUGCUUUUUUUUCCGGGUUCGGAGCCGUUCCGGAUGCUCUAGGCUGCCGGAUGUCUGAUCUCCGGAUAACUGAGGCGUUUCUGUACAUGGAUUAUCUGUGUUUUAGAGCGCUCUGCUGCAAGGGACCACCACCUGCACGCCCAGAGUAUGACCUGGUCUGCAUAGGCCUCACGGGCUCUGGCAAGACCAGCCUGCUGUCCAAGCUCUGCAGUGAAAGCCCCAACAGUGUGGUGUCGACCACAGGUUUUAGUAUAAAAGCAGUGCCAUUCCAGAAUGCCAUCUUGAAUGUAAAAGAACUUGGAGGGGCUGAUAAUAUCCGGAAAUACUGGAGCCGCUACUACCAAGGAUCUCAAGGGGUAAUAUUUGUAUUAGACAGUGCCUCUUCAGAAGAUGAUUUAGAGACUGCUAGAAAUGAACUGCACUCAGCUCUUCAGCACCCACAGUUAUGCACUUUACCGUUUUUAAUAUUGGCCAAUCAUCAAGACAAGCCAGCGGCUCGAUCAGUACAAGAGGUCAAAAAAUAUUUUGAACUUGAACCACUUGCACGUGGAAAACGCUGGAUUCUGCAGCCCUGCUCGCUGGAUGACAUGGAUGCACUGAAAGACAGCUUCUCUCAGCUGAUAAAUUUGUUAGAAGAAAAAGACCAUGAAGCUGUAAGAAUGUGAAAUUUGGCGAAGAAAAUGGGUUCCCACAAGGCCUUGAAACCUAUCAUGUUAGUUUCUCCGUUUAAUUUUAUUUUGGUAUCAAGACUGUAAUGGCUUCAGUAUCUGUUUUCUUCCAGUUAUCUCAGACUCUCAUCUCUCUAUUAAAGUGAAUAUUCUGUAAAUCAGGUGAAUUAUCAUCAGCAUUACCGUCAAGUAUACACUACUGAGAGAGAAUUUUUUCUCUGUUUACCACUAAUUAUCUUCACCGCAUGUCUCUUCCUUCUGUUGUUCUAAGCGUCUCUUCUCUACUGUGUGCUAAAAUGGAUGGAAUUCAUGGCUCACAGAAAUCAAAUCCCUUAUGGAGGACUCAGGGAGACUGAGAACCUCAGCUUAUUUACCCUGGGUUUGGGGUGGAGUAGUGUGUGACUAGGGCUCCCCCACAAUAUGUGUAUCAUUUUCAGGAUCUCUUGGGGGUUUUAUUUUAUCUUAUUUUUAAGUUUUCUUAAAUGAAAAAUGAGCACCAAAAACUUCAAUUAAUCACCUUAUCCGAAACGAGUAUCCUGCCAUAGUAAAAUUGACUUGGAAGAACUUAGACAACUUGCCGACUCUUUUUAAAAAAAAAAAAUACAUCUGAAGUCUCCCUCUAUCCCCUCUUUUAAGAGCAAAGACAUUGUUUCUGUUUUCAAGAAGAGUUAGAGGAGAUUUAGGCACAAUGCAUGCAUCACUGAUUACUAUUCCAUCAAGUCCUCAAAUAUUUUUUUAAUGAAAAAAUUACCCAAUGUAAAGUCGAGCUGCAGUGUAACAUGUUUCUAAAAAUCUUUUUCUAAAAAUCUUAUGUCUGAUUGAAAUAGAGAAAAUAAUUUUUAAAAUAAGAGAUAAAAAAGUUUUUAAACAGCCAAAUGAAGUAUAGUUUAUACUGGCUAGGGCUUUAGCUGGCGUGGAUUUGACAAAGAUAAUAAAGGCAGAAUCAUCUGUGUAUUCAUUCAGUAAGUGCUAAUGUAGUUGAAUGGAGUCUGUUAAUGUCCCAUCCAGUAAUUAAAGGUCUAUCAGUAUUUCUCUUAUAAACCUCUAUUUUCAGGGGUUUCAGUAUGCCCUUAAAAAUGUGCUGGGGCUGCAGCGAAUAAAUAAUUUUAGGGCCUAGAUUCAGUCUUUGGAACUAAUUUUUUUUCAUUUAGUUUAAAUGAUAAAAUUAUACAGAUAAAUGUACAGGUUUACUACGUUUUGGCACCUUUGACCUUUUCUAAAUCAGGAAUAAUCUAUGGAUAUUGAGGUUAAUGGAUGAAAUACUUUGGGGCACAUUUUGUAGAGUUUGGGCCACUUAAAAUACCAAGUGGCCAAAUGAUAGAAGACUGCUCCCUUCACCUGAGCAAUAAAAACAUGUUUGCAAUUUUUAGGUAGCAUCGACUGAUUCCCAAAUACCACACUCACACUGUAUUACAGGGUGAUGUAAUACCUUGUAAUUCUCCAGAAGGUAUAUGUCAUUCAAAUUUUGCUUUUUUUUUUUUUUUGUGGUACGCGGGCCUCCCACUGUUGUGGCCUCUCCCGUUGCUGAGCACAGGCUCCAGACGCGCAGGCUCAGCGACCAUGGCUCACGGGCCCAGCCACUCCGCGGCAUGUGGGAUCCUCCCGGACCGGGGCACGAACCCAUGUCCCCUGCAUCGGCAGGCGGACUCUCAACCACUGCGCCACCAGGGAAGCCCUCAAAUUCAAAUUUUGCUUUUGUGGUUUGAUCUUGUAGGUGGAUUUUAAUGAAAUCAUUACGUUUGAAACAUCGAACACUUCUUUUAAGCUUUUUUUUUUAAUGGAGUGGAUCAAAGAAGAUUCAUAUUCAAAUUUUAUCUACGGCAUCUUUGAAUAUCAUCAACCUUAUAUAAUCCGUGAGCAGCAUAAAACUUUUAUUCCGAUGACCACUUACAAAAGUCCUGCUUUUAUUUCGUCCUGUUGUGCUCAUCUUCUAUGAAAAAUAAAUGAUUAUUAGGCAUUGCUUUCUCUGCAAGUUCAUUAAAUGAAGAAUGUUAUCUUUUUAAGAUACCGUGGCUGAGUGCUCCUAAGCCAUCUGUUAAAUGACUUCCCGUUGUCUGCGUGUGUGUUCAUGUGUGCUCCAGGGAUGGGCUUCUUCUCAGACCCACGACUGUCUGCAGUGUCUCAGCCGUCAGAAUGAAAACAUUAUCAAUCAGUACCCAACAACAGCUGUUUUUGACAAGUUUCUGUCUGACGCCUAAUGCUUUACAACUGUCAAUAAGGCUCCUUCUUUGUCUAGCAGUUCAGAGCUCGCAGUCUUGCUGCUUCCGUGCGGCAUCCUGUCCUUGUAACCCUAGAAUUUGCCGUGUUUGGGAAAUCCACGUAGGGGGAGGGGAGAG